AGCAUCGCUUCAUCACAACGGUUCCACACAGAUUCUACAGUCUCACUCUCCAUCUCCUACAAAGAAGAAUUUGAUUUCAAAUAUCUACCUUCGGAAUACAUAUAAGUUGCUUCAUCUCGCGCAAUUGUUUUUUUUCUAUCCAGCAUUGCUUCAUCCAACGCUCUCAAUACUUCUAUGAUCCCACUCCCCAGCUAGUACAAAGAGCAAUUUGAAUUUGAAGUCGUCAUUCAAACCACAUUAUCCAUUCACCAUGUCCCCCACAAAUCGAGUGCCGUCUAUGCGCAUGAACCCUUCUGGUGCGCACGAUAUUCCCACAUUCAUCGACGAACUUGCUAAAGAUGAGGCGAAAAACCAACCUAAGGGCGACUCGGAGAGUACCCUUUCCGACGCUUCGACACUUCAAGGCAGCGAGCAAUCUUCGAAAAUGAAACGCGGGCUUUUCAGUAAGAUUCGUUCUUUUUCGCCAUCUGGAAAACAAGAUGCCGUCAAGAAGUAGAUAAAAGAGGUGGUUAUUUUUAUUGGAUACCGGGAUUUGAUUUGAGUCCUUCGAGAGGGUGGUUGCGGUUUCUCUGUGUCCUUUGCAUAACGUGUGGUCUAUUUUUCAUAUUGUUCAGCCUAUUGUCAGAGAUAUGGUGUACGGUGUCUGGAAAUUUUGUGUCUGUGCUAGUUGACAUCCUUGGGCAGUGGGCGCAUCAUUUGGGUGGGUGGUAGCUCAAUGGUUAUUUGGAAAAGCACGUUUUCAUCAUGCUAUUCUAGUUAGCUUUGAAAAGCCAACUUUCAAAAACCAGUCUCGUCUCCCCAUAUAUCCUCAUUCCCACUCUUGUUAAUUAACCUCUUUAUUAAUG